GACAGACACAGAGACUCGUGUUCCGGUUAUCCAGGAAGUACCGAUUUCUGUUUUCACAGAGCCGCAGACGUGUGCAGAGCGAUUUUGUGGUUCGAGACGAAAUAAAGAUUUCUCCCAGAAUGCAGGCUUCACUUCAUGCGCCAACCUUUCAGCAGAAAAAGAAGAACUCCGGAAAGAAAAAGCAGCAGGCCUUCGGUGGGGACAUAGUGUUCACCAAGAACGGAUCUGUUCAGACCAUUCCCUCCCUCACCAAACGGAUGAAAGCGGUCACAGAUCCUGUUAUAGGCCUACAGUAUGUAUGGGAGUAUCGGAGUCCCAGCAAGUCAGUCCCCCCUCAUUACCAGUGUCGACUCUGUAAGGUGCAGCGGCUGCAGAAUGAAAUGGUCGCUCAUAUUACUGGAUGGAAGCAUUGCUUCAAAUACAUAAAACAUACUCACCCAGAAAAAAUGCCUCAUGAAGAAGAGGAAGUGGCAAAGAACCCAACUGUCAAAAGGGAAAUAAGGGUGAUUGCUACUGACCUGGAGAAGACUGCGGGUCGAGGUCAAGUCAAGGUUGUCAUUAAGGAACCUGCUGAUGUGCCAGCCUUUCAGAACAUGAAGACUGCAUUUCCUACUGUAGUGGGACCGGGCCCUACAAGUCUGCUUGGACCAAUUCCUGGAGGGUUUCGCCCAGGUGGACCCUUUGGUGGUGGGUUUUUGGACCCACCCUUUGCAGAGGAGUUCCCACCUCGGGGUGGCAUGAUGUCUGAUUUUCUUGGCGGCUCGGGCGACGGCCCCAUGACGAGCCUCGACCGUUACGGACCAGAUAGAAUGAUGGGAGGCCCAGACAGCAGAUCCAUGCACCUGGGCUCCGAUGCAUUUGGAAUGGGUCCACGAAGCGAGGACAUGGGCAGACCUUACCCUGAUGAUCUGCCAAUGAACAGCGAUAGAAUGAUGAGAUCUAAAGGCCCAGAGUCCAGCAACACCCUCUCAACUCUUCUCAGAUGUCUGGACACAUUCCGCAUCGAGUGUGAAGAUGAUGCUCAGAUCGUGCUGAAGAUCACACAGAAGCUCACGGAUGUCUUGAUGGAAUACCGCCUCAGGACCAUCUCUCCGGGAUCCAAUAUGAAUUCCUCCCGCCUGUCACUGAACUCUGACAGAUUCUCCGGCAGUAUGGCAGGCCCUUCAAGAUUCUUUAACUGAGCAGCCCAUGUGAUUCUGUCCACUUUAUUCUUUACGUGGCGAAUGUUUUAAUGUACUUCUCGGUAUGAAUCUUUUUUUUUUUCCCCAUUUAAUCUUAAGUUGAAGACUAAAUUACUUGCUCUUUGGAGGACAUGAAAUAAAAUUUUAAAAUACAUAACGAUUGUCCUGACUAGUGACUUGUUAAUCUUAACAAUUGUUGGUGUAUUUAGAGUUCUAGAAAUGUUUUGUACACUGAUUUCAAUAAAAAAAAAAAGUUAAA